UAUUCGACCCUGCAUGCUGUUCUCGCCGGAGCAGAAGAAGGAUCAGCGGUGAGAGAAGAGAGAGAGAAGCUUGAGUUCUGCUGGGUCGUUUGCUGUUUCCCCUGACCGAGAGAGCGACCAUGUCGUCGUCGGCCGUGCAGUUCACUUCCCACGACGGCCACGAGGACGGCGGCGGCGGCAACGGCAACGGCGGCGGCGGCGUCGAGCGGCUGGACCCCGUCGUCCUCCCCAUCGAUCCCAGGGCCCCGACCCUGUCCCUCCCCAGGGAGACCUUCCUCCGAGCGGCCGUCUCUCUCAAGGACCAGGUCGUGCGGGCGACGUGGCUGGAGGGCGGCGGGGGCGAUCCGACAGCGUACACGGGGCUGCUCGGCACGGCCCUCCUGUGCCUGAGGUCGUACGGGGCCACCGGCGACCGGAGCGACCUGCUGCUGUCGGCCGAGAUCGUCGAUGCGUGCGCCACCGCCGCGCGUGCUUCCGCGAGGCACGUGACGUUUUUAUGCGGUAAAGGAGGGGUGUACGCGGUGGGCGCGGUGGUUGCCGAUCUCGCGGGGGACCAUCCAAGGCGCGACUUCUUCAUCAACCUCUUCCUCGAGGUGGCACAAGAGAGGGCUCUCCCGGUUGGACCCGAGGAGGGUGGUUUCGGGAUGUCGUACGACCUUCUCUACGGCCGAGCCGGUUUCUUGUGGGCGGCUCUGUUUCUGAACAAGAACCUGGGACGGGAGAUGGUGUCGAACGAUCUUCUGAUGCCUAUCGUCGAUGCCGUGUUGGCUGGGGGCAGGGCCGGUGCGUCUGAUAUCGCAUCGUGCCCCUUGAUGUACAGAUGGCACGGGACCCGGUACUUGGGCGCGGCCAACGGCCUCGCUGGAAUCUUGCAAGUGUUGCUUCACUUUCCUCUCUGCGAAGAGUACAUCGAGGAUGUUAAGGGGACUUUGAGGUAUAUGAUGAACAAGAGGUUUCCGCACAGCGGGAAUUACCCCUCGAGCGAAGGGAACCCGAGGGACAAGCUGGUUCAGUGGUCUCACGGCGCGACGGGCAUGGCCAUCACUCUAUGCAAGGCAUCACAGAUGUUUCCACAUGACAGAGAGUUCCGCGACGCUGCGAUAGAGGCAGGGGAAGUCGUGUGGAAGAACGGGCUCGUGAAGAAAGCGGGGCUCGCCGACGGGAUUUCCGGGAACGCGUACGCCUUCCUCUCGCUUUAUCGGCUGACGGGGGAGCGAAUCUACGAGGACAGAGCCAGGGCGUUCGCGAUCUUCCUCUACCACAAUGCGAACAAGCCCGUCAGCACGGGGCACGGGCACGCCGCGGACUAUGCCUUCUCGCUUUACCAAGGGCUCGCCGGAGCGGCUUGCCUCUGGUUCGAUCUCGUCGAUGCGGAGAACUCCAGAUUCCCGGGGUACGAGAUAUAAGGGAAGGGAUGCUAAGGAAGAAUAGUAUAUAGCUCUCUCGUGUACAUACUAAAGAGAGGUAUGCCGUUGGAAAUCGGUGAAUCAUAAUACGCCGUUGCUCUGUAUUGCUACUGUCAAUAUGUAAGACUUGCGACCUGAUAAUUCCACGUGCAGAGAUCAGU